UUGCAAGUCAGGACGAUGCGGCUGUCUCUGCGCAUCCCCUCCGAGCCCUCCCUCUGCUAACCGGGCAGCUCCCUCCGAGUUUCCCCCCCCUCCGUUAAGACUUCAAAAACACAACUCAUCCCGCUGAUUUGUGCCCGACUGUCGGUGCUCCCGCUGCAGAGGGAGGCCUGCGCACCGAGGUCUGGGUCUCUGCACCGGGACUCGUCGCUGCGGUGGAUCCAGUUCGGCCAUGGCGCAGCCGAGGAAACUCGUAGAUCUUCGGGUUGGGUGAAGGACGCGUUGCGCACUGAUAGACUGGAGCACCCUUAACUUUGUAGCUGUGAGGAGACCAGGAACCAGUACUUUUUAUUUGCCAUUUCGGUCCUUGUCUUAGUUAAUCUUGAACUCUCACUUGGUCCAGGACGUAAGGAGCAUAAUUUAGGCCCCUCUGGAGGUCCCUGAAACAUACUUAGGGCACCACCCUUUAAAAUAUAGCCUCUUCCUCCAUUGUUUUCUGUGUAUUUACUGAACUGCAUCCUCAUUUUCUUUGGAGGAGAGGUGUAAACAGAACCAGCAGCAGACAUGAUGGAUGCUGCAGAGUGUGGUGUGAGGGUGAUGUGUCGCUUCAGGCCCCUGAACGAGGCCGAAAUAAACCGAGGAGACAAAUACAUCCCCAAAUUCAAGGAGGACGACACCGUGGUCAUAACGGGUAAACCGUACGUAUUCGACCGAGUGCUGCCUCCAAACACAUCGCAGGAACAAGUGUACGACCAGUGUGCCAAACAGAUCGUUAAAGAUGUCCUUGGUGGUUACAAUGGGACCAUCUUUGCCUACGGACAGACCUCCUCCGGGAAGACACACACUAUGGAGGGCAAACUGCACGACCCCCAGCUGAUGGGAAUCAUCCCUCGAAUCGCCCACGACAUCUUCGAUCACAUCUACUCCAUGGACGAGAACCUGGAGUUUCACAUCAAGGUUUCCUAUUUUGAGAUCUACCUGGACAAGAUCAGAGACCUUCUGGAUGUGUCAAAGACGAAUCUCUCCGUGCAUGAAGACAAAAACAGAGUUCCAUAUGUCAAGGGUUGUACUGAGCGUUUUGUGUCAAGUCCAGAAGAGGUGAUGGACGUCAUCGAUGAGGGCAAAGCCAACAGACAUGUGGCUGUGACCAACAUGAACGAGCACAGCUCUCGCAGCCACAGCAUCUUCCUCAUCAACAUCAAACAGGAGAACAUCGAGACGGAGAAGAAGCUGUCGGGGAAGCUCUACCUGGUCGACUUGGCGGGCAGCGAGAAGGUCAGUAAGACAGGAGCGGAGGGAGCCGUUCUGGACGAGGCGAAGAACAUAAACAAAUCUCUGUCAGCGCUGGGAAACGUCAUUUCAGCUCUGGCUGAAGGAACAAAAACCCACGUCCCGUACAGAGACAGUAAGAUGACUCGGAUCCUGCAGGACUCUCUGGGGGGAAACUGCCGCACUACAAUCAUCAUCUGCUGCUCGCCGUCCGUUUACAACGAGGCCGAGACGAAGUCGACUCUCAUGUUUGGACAGAGAGCAAAGACCAUCAAGAACACGGUGUCUGUGAACCUGGAGCUGACGGCCGAGGAGUGGAAGAAGAAAUUCGAGAAGGAGAAAGAGAAGAAUAAGAGUCUGAAAAACAUCAUCCAGAGGCUGGAGGCCGAACUCAGCCGCUGGAGGAAAGGGGAGGAGGUUCCUGAGGAGGAGCAGCAGAGCUCCAAAGACCAGAAGAGCAUCGAAGCGAACGACAACACUCCAGUCAUUGACAACCUGGUGCCGGCCGGAGGAGGAGGAGGAGGAGGAGGAGGAGGAGUAGUCUCGGUCAGCAGGGAGGAACGGAGCAAGUAUGAAGAGGACAUCAGCAACCUGUACAAACAGCUGGAUGACAAGGAUGAUGAGAUCAACCAACACAGCCAGCUGGCUGAGAAACUCAAGGAGCAGAUGUUAGACCAGGAAGAGCUGCUUGCAUCGACGCGGCGAGACUACGAGAAGAUCCAGGAGGAGCUGUGCCGACUGCAGACGGAGAACGAGCUGGCUAAGGAGGAGGUGAAGGAGGUGCUGCAGGCACUGGAGGAGCUGGCUGUGAACUAUGACCAGAAGAGCCAAGAAGUGGAGGAAAGAGACCAAGCCAACCUGCAGCUGACGGAGGAGCUGCAGCACAAGACGGCGUUGUUGUCGGCCGUGCAGAGGGAGCUGAGUCAGCUGCAGGAGCUGAACGGUCUGCAGAGGAAGAGAGCUGCAGAGGUGCUCAACCUGCUGCUGAGAGACCUAAGCGACAUCGGAGCCAUCAUCGGUACCAGCGACAUCAAGACGGCCCUGUCCUCAGAGUCAAAGGGGAACGGCUCAGCGGUGGAGGAGGAGUUCACCGUGGCUCGGCUCUACAUCAGUAAGAUGAAGUCUGAGGUGAAGUCUCUGGUAAACCGCAGCAAACAGCUUGAGAGCACGCAGGCCGACGCCCACCGCAAGAUCCAGGCCAACGAGAAGGAGCUGGCCUCGUGUCAGCUGCUCAUCUCUCAGCACCAGGCCAAGAUCAAGUCUCUGACGGACUACAUGCAGAACAUGGAGCAGAAGAAGAGACAGCUGGAGGAGAGCCAGGAUGCUCUGACCGAGGAGCUCGCUAAACUGCAGGCUCACGAGAAAAGACAUGAGAUGUCAGGAGAGGAGAAGGAGAAGGAGGACAUCGGCAGACACGACGGAGACGAGGACAUAAAGAAAACUCUGGAGGAGCAGCUGGAGAACCACCGGGAGGCUCACCACAAACAGCUGAGCCGACUGAGAGAUGAGAUCGAAGACAAGCAGAGGAUGCUGGAUGAGCUCACAGAUCUGAACCAGGGUCUGCUGCUGGAGCAGGAGAGGCUGAUGUCAGACUACGACAAACUGAAGACUGAAGAGCAGGAGAAGGACGCCAAGCUGCAGAAACUCAUGCUGCUGAAUGAGCAGAGGGAGCAGGCCAGAGAGGACCUGAAGGGCCUGGAGGAGACUGUGGCCAAAGAGCUUCAGACUCUUCACAACCUGCGAAAACUCUUCGUCCAGGACCUCACCACGCGGGUCAAGAAGAGUGCAGAGCUGGACUGUGAGGAGGGACUUGGAAACGUGGCUCAGAAACAGAAGAUCUCCUUCCUGGAGAACAACCUGGAGCAGCUCACCAAGGUCCACAAGCAGCUGGUCCGAGACAAUGCAGACCUCCGCUGUGAACUCCCCAAGCUGGAGAAGCGUCUGCGAGCCACGGCGGAGCGAGUCAAAGCUCUGGAGAACGCCCUGAAGGAGGCCAAGGAGAACGCCAUGAGGGACCGCAAACGCUACCAGCAGGAGGUGGACCGCAUCAAGGAGGCCGUGAGGGCCAAGAACAUGGCCAGGAGGGGCUACUCGGCACAGAUCGCAAAACCCAUCCGACCUGGACAUCACCCACUGUCGUCACCCAUCGGCAGCACCAUCAGAGCCGGAGGAGUCUACGCCCACAACUAGAACCACAACACCAAGUUAACCAACAGACCAUCAACAACUCAACGCAUGCCCAUCGCCUCACCUGGACACUAUAAGCCCCACCCCUCCUGCUGGAACACCAAUGGGAGGUCACCACUACAGACUGAGAAGAAAACAUCCACGGUGUACAAACUAACAUGAGGAGUAAACGUGUUUCAUUAGCUGAAUGUAGAAGUCAGAGGCCUCAUUGAAGAAAUAUUCUGUUUGAAAUCUUAGGUAAAAAUGACAGCGUUUUCCUGAUCAUAAAUGAUUUAUUGAUAUCAAUAAAUCUGCAUAAUUUCAAGUGAGGCAUUUCUAAAUAAGGCCCUGACGUUUCAAAUAUGAAUGUUUAGAGAAGGUGUUUUAGUUUCUAGAGAUUCAAAGCUAAGAUUGAGACUUGAGCUUCUUAUUUUAUCUCCAACUGGCAGGAAUUCAUUUCAAAAAAGUUUAAAAGUUUGGGAAACUUCAUCAAAUUACCCUUUUUUUAAACAAAUAAUUGGAAAAAUAAAGUUAUAUUGCUCUACUGUGAGCAGCUGGUUGGCUUAGCCUAGCACAAGACUGGAAACGAGAGGAAAUUUAGAGCUUGGCUCUUAUGAAAGGUGAAGUUAAUCUUGACAUGACAUGACAUAAAACCCCUCCAACAAGCCAAAACUUUGAUUUCAUAACUGAAGAGGUGGAUCUGUUUCUUUGAAGGGGUUAAAGGGUCAGUUUGAAUAGUAAUAAACAAAUAUGGAUCUGUUACUUUUCAAGAAAAAGUCAACAUUUUUGAGGAACUAAACUCAGGAUUUUGUAGUUUAAAAGGUCAGAAAUCUAAGAGAAAAAAUUUCCCCAGAGUCUGAUCAGGGCUUGACAUUUACAUCUGCUAACUAGCCAAAUGUGGGGGGAUUUCAGCCGUGGCAGGUACCAGAUUGACUCCAACUAGCCACUAUGACCGGUGGAAUUUAUUAGUGUCACAACCUCAGCCUUAUCUGGUGGAGAUUUGUCUGAGUGAGGAUUAGAUAUGUUUAUGAAACCAUCUGCAUUUCUGAUUGUUUGACUGAAGUUAAUUAACAGCCAGUGUUUUAAUAUUAGAGAGAAACGGAGCAUGUGUUUCAUCUCAUACCAGACGUACCCAAUCUGACAUAUACACAUAGUCUCCAAACACAACAAUUGUGGCUAGUGACUUUUAAAGAACAAGUAGCCCAAGUGGCCAAAAAAGUUUACAUCAAGCCCUGGUCCUGAUGUUAGUGAUAAUGUCUCUCUCUGCUUAUUACAAGUAAAAAAUACAAUUUUAUCAGCUCACUUAUGCACAACUUAUGCUUAAGUGGGAUUUUCUCCCACUCCAUAGGCUGGUUUCAACUUUACAAUCUCGAAUAGUUUAUGGUUUUGGUCCUGGUAUAUUUACGACUUUUUAAGCUUGAACAUUAUGAGUUUGUUUCUUAUAAAUGUAUGACUUUCAUCUUCUCAGAGAUUUUGAUUUAUUUUCUCAAAAUUAACAGAUCAUAUUUGUUUUUAUUAAUUCAUAAGAGCGGCCCUGAUAUGCAGUUGUGUGUUUGACCUUUACAAUUCAGCUGGCUCCAGUCUGAAUAGGCUAGGCUAAGCUAACAGGAUGUAGCUUUAUUUGUAGCACAGAGACCUUAAAGUGGUGCCAAUCUUAACCCUUUAAUUCCCAGCCAAACAAAACAAGUAGGAAUAGCUCUUAAAAUGUCAAAUCUGACACUUAAGCAGCCAAAGGCUUCGAUUUUCUCACCUAGUCACAGAAAUAUUUAAAGAUGAGAUGGAAAUUCAGUCUGCUAGCGUGUGAGUAGGUUCUUCACAGAUGAUGUGAAGCAGCAGUGGAGGAUUAUUGUAAUUAUUUAUGAUUUCUGUGAGCCACAGACCGGCACCAGUCCAUGGUCUGAUGGUUGGAGACCACUGGUUUAGAUCAUUAAACUCUGAUCUUGCCCUUGUUUCCUCAGUCUUGCCCAUUGUGAAUGGAAAUCCGUCUCUCUGUAGAAAUCCAGAUCAGUUAGCUCAGCUCAGCUCAGCAGAGCUGGUUCUUUUUCUUUAACAGUUUAGCUUUUUUAAAAGUGGAUUAAAUAACAACUAAGGAUGGAGGAAAGGCACUCAAAUAGGAGCUAGCUACAGUGGCUCACAUUACAGAGCCGUUUUGUCACACAGGCUCGUUCAUAAACAGCACAUCAUCUCCCCACAAAGUUUCUACUGUUGAUAGUUCAUCACUGUUUCAAUUUAAAGCAUGUUUGUGAUUUUUUAUGUUAAACGGGUUUAGCUAGCCUCUUAGCUCAGCACGAGACUCCUCUAGACUCAUCUCCCUUCAUCUGGCUAGACAACGCUUGUAGGUCUGCAGAACUGAGUGGUUUAUGAUAAUGAGCGCCUCCAUGCCAGGAAAAUCUGUCACACUGUGGUAACAAUCUCUGUUUUGUAAAGUUUAGGAGUCGUAUUUAAUGUGUGUAGAAAUUUUCUGAUGAUAACUGCAGCAUCCAUUUAAAGCUUUAGAGUUCUAACUUUCCCCACUUGCUGACACCCAAUGGACAUUCUGGUUCACAUGACUACAAACAACCAAUCGGCUUUGGUUUUAUUUCUAAACGGUUUGUCUUCUGAGCUUUUGCCACUUUUUUGGUCAUUUUUUCAGUUAAAAUUUGACUACCUUUAGGUGACAAUCGUCAAUCUAAAGAAACACAUCACCUGCUGAGAUAUUUUUCAUCAGAAAGCAGAAAGAAAAACAACUAAAAAUGUCACUAUUUUAAUAGGAAUCUAAAUGAUUGAUCACCUUAAUGUGAUGUAAAAGUCUAAGCUGUACUAACAUUUCUUAGAGUUGUCUUGCAGGGUCUCUGACCAGCCAAUCAGGGGCCCCGACACUCAAGAACAGUCUAGUUCAGGAACAUGAGGAAGUUUGACUAAAAUAAACCUUAAAAUUUGUAUUUUUUUUGGCAGCAGAGUCUUGUGAGAAGCUCCUGAUCAGCCAAUCAGAGACCUUGAAAACACAGACUGUGCCAGUCGAUUGAACUUUGAAAAAUCCAGAAUAAAAACGCAAACUUCAAGGGUAAAACAAUCAUAAUUUUUCACUCUGCCACACCGUGUGCCUUCAGAAUCACCUGAUUAACAGACGUAUCUAUGUUGCUUUUACCAGAUAUCUACAGGCGUAUAAAUUUGAACUAUUAUUCACCCUUUAAUCAGAAAUAUGUAUUUAAUGUUUGCACUGCUUCCCUCUGUGCUGCCACUUUAGCAUGUCUUUGAAUGCAGUACGUUUUCUCCUUUAUCGGCGACGCGAACAGCAACUUUACAGUGGCAACUUGUUGCCUUAAAAGUUGCCGAAGAGCGUCCCAUUUCUGAGCCUGAUUAUUUGAUGUUUAACCGUUUGUUUGUGGCUGUUUGGAGCGAAGGGCGGCUGAAAAUCGGCGCAUAAAUAAAUGAAAAGUGCAUGGACUCGAGCUUGUGUUACCAGCAUGCUCAGGGAGGAAAAUGCUGAGGAUGUUUCUGUGCUUUUACCUCAUCAGGAUGUACAUUUUAGCAGUUUUUUGGUUUGUUUUUGGCUGUGGAAUCAUAACUCUAAGGCUCAGUCCCAUCUCUAGCUGCUACUCCUGCCUCUACUGCUCUUCCCAGGCAUAACCGGACAUUUCUACUAGAUUUGAUUUUUUUAAAGGCUUGCUCCAGGUAUAACAUCCAUAAAGCAUUAAAGCAACAUCAAAUUAAGAUAUUAGAUGGAUGCUGCGAUAUUUCCUAAUCUUAUUUGUGCUGAAAAUAGCUGCAAACGUAGAGGCAGGGCGAAGGGCAAGGGGUGUAAUGGGACUGAGCCAACGUAUAUUCAACUGAUGCAAUUAAAGCGAAUAAAGAUGACUCUAACUUUCA